UCGUGGAUUUUGAAGUGGAAUGUUUGUGCUUUGUCCUAUUUUUCGCUUGUAGUGAUUGUCAUGCUGUUUAGGUGAUGAUAGUUGUGACUUUGGGUGGUUUGCAAUUCUUAAUAAUGGUUGACAAGUUCAUCUGGCUGGCCUUCAUCACAGUUGGCCAGUAAGCCAAUUGUUCGGCAUAGCAACUUGACGUGCCUGGGGCUCCACGACAAGCUCUUAUCCAACUAAUAAUUGCGACAAAUUCUUAUUGGGGGUAGUGUGGCUAUGGCUACAAACGAGAAUCUUCCUCCAAACGUUAUAAAGCAGCUCGCAAAGGAACUGAAGAACCUUGAUGAAUCCCCUCCGGAGGGCAUAAAAGUUGGAGUAAAUGAUGAUGAUUUUUCCACCAUAUUUGCUGAUAUUGAAGGCCCAGCUGGAACUCCAUAUGAGAAUGGUGUUUUUCGGAUGAAGUUGUUAUUGUCGCAUGACUUUCCACAUUCUCCUCCCAAAGGUUAUUUUCUUACCAAGAUUUUCCACCCAAAUAUUGCUACCAACGGCGAAAUUUGUGUCAACACUUUGAAGAAGGACUGGAAUCCUAGUUUGGGACUGCGUCAUGUUCUUACCGUUGUUAGGUGCUUACUCAUUGAACCAUUUCCUGAGUCAGCUCUGAAUGAACAGGCUGGCAAGAUGCUGCUUGAAAAUUAUGAAGAGUAUGCCAGACAUGCCAGACUUUACACGGGAAUACAUGCCUUCAAGCCAAAACCCAAGUUCAAGUCAGGAGCCAUUUCUGAGUCGACCACAGCACUUAAUGUUGACCAGAGUAAUGCUUCGCUUCUUAAAAUUGACCAGAAGAAUCAAUUGACCGCCGCAGCGGUGCCUUUGCCUUCAAAUACGGCAGCACUCAAGGGAGUGAAUGGCCAGGAGCAUCCAACGAGUGUGGCUCCAUUAGCCGAGACUGGAGUUAGCGGGUCUGCGGUAGUUAGCGGCACCGCGACUCAAAAGAAAGAACUUGGGUCGGUGAAAGUCCAGCCUGACAAGAAGAAAAUGGAUGCGAGGAAGAAAAGCUUGAAAAGAUUGUAACAUUGUAACUUCAUUCCGUAUUCCUCCUGGUUCACACCUCUUGGCUUAUGUACAAUGACUUAUUCCAUUGAUGAAAGCGGAUCAAUUGAGCUGAUCGAUUUCUCUGUUUA